AUGCUGCGAUACCAAGUCGCAGACAUCCAGUCCGAUGACCAAACGUGCGAAGCGCUGGGUGACCGUCCCGUGAGGUUGGUCGUCGGCCGAGUGCAGCUGCUUCGGCGGCUUGGAUUCAAGCGUGAGUUCUUCGUCCCGUUUAUCCCAACAAAGUGUAUCCUCCUCCUAUUCCAAACUUGCAACCCACUCAACGGACUUGCUCUUACAGAAGAGGCUUUAGGCAUCGUCACCAGGUAUCUUGAGUGGUUGACCAACAAGAGAGGUCAGUUAAUGAAUGUUCUGGAGUUGCUCGUUUGCACACUGUCCGGCUGCGUUCUUGUGAUAAUUGAGUGCGCCGAUGUGCUAAGCGCAUUGGAAGUGCACUCCUUGACGCAGGAGGACACUGCACCAUCUGUUGGAAACCGACGUGUGUUCUCUUUUCCUUGCGACAAGGAUCCAAUCCCAGAGGAAGAAUUUGAUAAUCUGUAUAUUGUUCCAACGUGUACAAUAUGUGCCGAGCGGCUUGAACCGACACUGACCGGUUACACCUCCCGCACGUGCCGCUGUGCCACAAGCAAAGAUUGUGCGUGUUUCCUUGAACAAUCUUCCUGCACAGUUUGUCAAACGCUAAUCAAAAUGCAACGUGAGAGCAAUGGUGUUCAGUGCGAGGUGUGUAAGGUGUCAGGUGACCCUUGGAUUUGUUUGGUGUGCGGCUUUGUUGGCUGCAGUCGCUAUCAAGCCAUGCAUGCAAGAGAACAUUUCUUGCAGAAACGGCACCUGUUUUCUAUGAGUCUCCUAACACAGCAGAUAUGGGACUACGACAGCGAUGCCUUUGUUCACCGCAUUGUUGUUGUGUUUGAUAAUGUCACUGGGGUGACCCAUCGCGUGCAAUACCCCGACAGAGAUAACAUGCCAACAUCUCUCGAAGAUGACACGGGUGACCUCGUUACUGAAACGGCAAAAAAGAAACAUAUUAACGCAAAGUACGACUCGAAGGUAGAGAUGUCUAAUGAGCAGUUAGCGCUGAUGAUCAAAAAUGAACUGGACACUCGACGUGCAGAGUAUGAGAGUGAACGGCAGCAGCAGCGUUUGUUGCUCGACCAAGUGACGGGACAAAAUGUAAACGACUCAGAUGUUUACAACAUUAUGGGCAGUGAAGCAAUGUAUGGUACUAAUCGCCAACGCUGGAUCUCUGUAUUUCUUGCCAACCAAAGCCUCGAGGAUGAACUACAGCAGCGAAGACACGAGGAAUCUAUGCUCUUGGAGUCAGCUCAAAAGUAUAAUGAUGAGUUGCGUUAUGUGAUAAGAUUCCACGCGAUGCAGGACGGUCGCCUUACGGCGGAUAUUGCUGAUCUGAAAGAGACUAUAAAGGAGGUAGAAACAAACCUCCGCAUGCGUCAACGAAUCGCUGAGCAGUUGGGUGAGGAUGGGUGCGAACGCGUCUAUGUGGUGGGAAGCAGCACGCGUAAGGCUUCUACUAAACCGAAGAGACAGCCGCCCAAGGCUCCGAAAUAA